AGAGGUUAUUGGAUAUACCGCCUUUCACAACAGGUGUGGUCCUAAUAGUGUAACGCCUUCACUGGCUGCUAAUCACCAAGCUCCCCUUUCAUGCCUGCUGUGAACUUUAUAAAGCAGUGUCCUGGGCAGCGCUGCACUUCAGUACUGCAAGCUGAGAUAUAAGUAACCGAGCUUUGCAGAAAUAUCAGUAACCGAGAUUUGCAGAAUAACCAGUAAUCGAGUUCUGCAGAUUUUAUCUGACCAUUUAAUCUGUGAAGACCAGGAACCUAGCGAUGAUGCUGAUGCUUCCACUUUCCAUGGGCUGUUCUUUCCUCCUUUCAUGCAUAGUGCUUUUGAGUGGCUGCAGGGCUUUCAAGAACGACGCCACUGAAAUUCUGUAUUCCCAAGUGGAAAAGCUACUCCCGGAUAGCCCCAACAACAGCACAAUGAACAGGGCAAGGAACGGCGGAAGGCAGUAUGCAUCGCUGGAUCGUAAUGAUCGUAUUGAAGUUGGCUGUAGGGAACUUAGGUCAACAAAGUAUAUCUCAGAUGGACAAUGCACAAGUAUUAACCCAGUCAAAGAACUUGUAUGUGCUGGUGAGUGUUUGCCAGCACAGUUACUUCCAAACUGGAUUGGACAUGGUACAAAAAAGCAGUUCUGGGGUAGGAGGAACAGUCAGGAGUGGCGAUGUGUAACUGACAAAACUCGCACUCAACGCAUCCAACUGCAGUGCCAAGAUGGCACCUCAAGGACCUAUAAGAUUACAGUAGUAACCUCCUGCAAGUGCAAGAGAUACAACCGACAACACAAUGAGUCCAGCCACAACUUUGAAGACACUUCCUCUGCCAAACUCCCCGUGUAUCACAGUAAACAGAAGAAGAGAUCAGGAAACAAAGGCAAACAUAAACACAGCUGGCUGCCUGACCAACUGGAAGUGAAAAACUGAAUAUUAACUUUUGUUUGAACAUUUGACCUAGGCUGCCAAUCCUUGUACUCUAAAAGAGCAUACUAGCACACAAAGAUUUACAUAACACUUUUCUGGGGACAUUUUGCUGUUUCUCAAAAUUCCUUGGUCAGACUGCUUAAUGCGUCUAUGAUGUUAGGACUACAUGCCUGUUGGUUUAUGAGAUCUAUAGGAACAAGUGGGAAUAACAUUUAUUGGUGUAGUAUGUCAAACUGACCUUUCUGAAAGGUCAGAAUACUCUGAAAAGUUGCUAUGGGUGUUCAACAAAUUGUUCAUUCCUUUUAGACAGCCCUUUGUCUUUAAUUAUGAUGACCACUUUUUUGUAUGCAUGCAUCCAUCAAUGACAGCAUACAACUACCACCGUUAAUGUUUAAGAAUUGCAAGUAAGUCCUAAAAUAGUUCUUCGAAUGUUCAUUGAACUAUUUACUAUAUUUAUACAAGAAGUGGGUGAUUAAAUAUUUUUUCUUGAGGGAUUUCAUGCAAAAAUGCUGCAAACUUAAGAAGUCUUUUUGAGAUGCAGUUAUAAGUGUGCAGUACAGUUUUCACAUAACUUGAAGAAAUUGUAUCCUGCAAUGUGGAAUUAUAGAUUCCUAAAAAGGUGUAUGUAUAGAUGUGCAACUGUCUUCUUGGCAUAUUGCCCACAUUUAUGUCCAGAAAGCAAUUCAGACUAAACUGAUUUAUUUCAGUGUUUUAUAAUGACACCUAAAAGGUGGCAUAUUUUAGACUGCUGUAAUUCCACAAUAUUUUCAUCAGAAGCUUUUUUAAUCCUGAAGUCCAAUGACUAGGUAUAUCAAGUAUUUGUACAAAAAGUAGUAAUGCUUGUGCAUGCAGAAAUUUCUGUUUUGAUACAAAGUAACAGAAAAAUGCAUGCCAUCUGAAGAGAAACUGAUCUUUAAGCUAUUUAUUUGUCUGUGGCAAUUAUUUAAAUUAACUUUUAUGUUUGUUAAUACAGAGUUAUGUAGUUUGUAUUAUAGCUUAUUGGCAUAUAUAUUUUCCAAUUUUUUAAGUUGAAAUUAAGUGCUUAAAUUAUGUAAAUAAUGUAAAUAGAAUGUUUUAUAUCCUGACAUUCAGUAACAAACCUUUUUGUAAUUGUGAAGUUCCUGGUAUUUUGUUUAAUGUUAACCACAGCUGUAUAAAAUAGGCCUGGUGUAUUCUGAACAUGUGCAAUUCAUCAUGCAGAUGUCAGUACAUUUGCAAUCAUAGCUGUCCUAAAGAGAAGAAUAAACUUUUUAGUAUACACUAA